AUGUCGAAUAAUAAAUACUAUAAUUCCAUAAAAUCUCAACAGCCACAAUCAAAUGUUCAUAGUUAUGUUCGGCAUCGUCAUCAUCAUCGUCAUACUUCUCAUAAUUCAUCUCCAAUGCGACCAAUUCAACAUGUUUCUUCAUAUUCAAAUCCUCCUUUAGAUGAUGAUGAAAAUAAUAAUGAUAAUAAUCAUCAUCAUCAUAAUACACAAAAUCCUCCAGCAUUAAUAUCAAGCUCAUUUUUAUCAUUAAGUCAAUCAACAGCUUAUUUUCUUGAUCGUAUUGAUUUAGAAAAUUAUUCAACAACUAUAUUAAAACAAACAGUUGAAAAUGUUUUAUCAAAAGCAAAAUCCCGAGGUUUAAAGGUAAAGAUAUCACUACCAGAUGAUGGCUUAAUUAUACAUAAUAUAAAUGAUUCAAAUCAAUCAUGGAUAUUAAAAAAAUCAGAAUUACUUUAUUUUUGGCGUGAUCCACAUUAUUUAAAUAUAAUUGUUGUUGUUACAUUUAAUCAAUCACGACAACGUACAAAUCGACCUUAUUCAGCAUCAAUAUUUCGUUUACGUAAUAAUGAUUCUACUCAAAUAUUUCUUCAACAAGCUCAAUUAUUUUUUGCUAAUUUACCAGCAUCUAUUACUAGUUUAAGUACAUCAAAAUCUAAUAGAAAUAAAUCAAUUGAUAGAACAAAUCGAACAGAAAAUCGAUUUAUUACUGAUCAAAAAUCCUUAUCUUAUAGUAAAACUAAAGCUCUUUCAAUGAUUACUGAACCAUAUUAUGCUAAAAAUAAGUCUUUAACUAAUCGUAAUCAAUCUCCACGAACAACAAGUAUUCGUCAUGUUACACGAGCUGAAUUUGAUCCUGGUAAAACAGUAAGAAACUCAAGAGCCAAUAAUUAUAAUCAUCGAAUAUAUAGUGAAACAGGAUCAUCAACAGAUUCUCAAAGAGCAAAUUCUCCAAGAGAAAUUGCAUUCUAUACAGAAAAAAUGGAUGAUGAUGACAAUAAUAAAAUGACAAAUCUAAGCAAUAAUUUAUCAUCUGAACAAAUUGUUGAAUUAAUGCGUGAAUUAAAAGAUUUACGAAAUGAAAUAGCUUUAUUAAAAUUAGAACAGAGAAUACAACCAGAUACAUGUUCAAUGAGUACAAGUCCAUUAGCUAUUGAUAUUGAAUGUUGUAAACAAACAACAGAUUCAUCAACAACAACAUCACCAACAUUUCCUAAUAUAACAUCACCAUAUGAAGUGGAUGCGGAAACACAAACUGAUUUUAGUUUAAUACAUCAUAGACGACGACAAUCACCAAAAAAAAAUAAAAAAACAAUGAUUGGAUCAGGUGGUAUUUCAACAACAAUGAAGAAAAACACUGAAGAAUCAUAUAAAAGAAAUUCUAGAACUUAUUCCAAUAGUUCAACAAAUACUAUAUCUGAUCAAGAAGGAACAUCAUCAGAAAGUUCUUCUCAAGUGAGUGAUUUAUCAAAUGGUAUAAAUAAAUCACUUGUUCAACAACAAUAUCAGCCAACAAUCAUACCAACACCACCUCGUCCUGUAUUGAUGAGAAAUCAAAAGAAUUUUACACCUUUAAAUAAUUCACAAUCUUAUACAAUACCCAAUGGUAAUCUAAUAGUACCUCAUUUCAAUUCUAUUGAAGAAGGUUCAUUACCACUAGGUAUAUCUACGACUACUGAAAAAGAAAUGUCUAAAUUUCUUUCUACAAGUAUUUCUUCUUCAAAUCCAGAGAUAAUUAGACCCUCAGUACCAAUAAUUACAGCAGGAACUACAAGUUUUCAACCGUCAUUAGAAAAUUCAAAUGUUCCUAAGGAACAUAUCUAUGAAAAUAUACCUAUUUUAAUACAACAAAGCUCGAAUCAUGAAAGUUAUUAUAAUAUACCUAUUAUUAAUGUAGAUAAUCAACAACAACAACAACGACAACAAGAGCCACAACAACAUCAACAUCAACAAAAUCAAUCGAAUGGUUAUGGUUAUUAUCCUGUCACAAAUAAUCGUGAAUCUGAAACUCAACAACAACAAGUUAUUUCAGGACAAACAAUAUCUAAUUCUCAUCCAACAACAAAUAACAAUAAUUCUGAAAUUCUAUCAUUAACAAUGAAUGUUCAACCACAAAAACCACAAAUAAUAUCUGCUGGUCGUCAUCGUAAUCAACCAAUAUUUUUUGCAAAUCAUUUAACAAAUCCAAUAUUUAAUGUUGAUAAACAAUUAUUAAUAAAUACCGUUGCUAAUCAAUUUGGUGUUGAUCUUAAUUCACCACAAUUACAACAAUUAGUUACAAAUCAACAUUUAUUUGCUGCACGUAGACGUACAUUUGCUAACAUGGUUUGGCAAUUAACACCUGAUGAAGAAACUGCUCUAUGUUCACCAACGACAACAUUACAAACCGAUACUAUUGAUAUAGAUAUACUUGAUACAAAUGAUUCAGCAAAUCGACCAAUAUUAAAAGCAACUAAUCGUUUUCAGUCAACAUCUAAACGACGAAGUAUUAGUUGGGAUACUACAUUAGACUGA